AUGACUCAGACUCCGGUGCCUUCUGCGCAGGCUGCGCGUGUGAAAGACAAGGCGCCAGGUGAGGGCCUUUGGCUCUUCCCCAGCAUUGGCCAGGCUCUGCCGUCCUUUGUCACACGGGAGUCAUUUCGCUACCAGCCACUUGCAACUCAAGAGGAAAUGCCGGCGCACCAUGCCAGCCCUGGCCCCGGCCCUGGGCUUGCUGGCCCCUCCUUGCAGGUGGGGUUCCCGCCUUCACCCGACAGCUUUGCAGGAUGGCAUGCUCCGCAUGCUCCGCAGCCGAGCUCUUUCUCCUUGAUGCCACCAGCUGCGGCUUCAGGUCUUCAGCUCCAGAUGUACAGCCCUGAGCUUGGGCCCUCUGCUAUGGGAUCUUUGCCGCCGAGAGAGGACCCGCGCAUGCAAGCGAUGUUGCAUGCAGCGUGGGCGUCAAGGCUAACGCAGGGGAGCGCUUGGUCCUCCGCAAAUGCCCCGCAUCCGCCGGCAAGUGCGUCAAGCUUUGCAGAUGCCGGGGUUGUUCAAGCAGAGCUGGCCGGACCUGUGCAGGUGGAGACCCCAGCACCUGGAACUGGCCUCGCUGCUGGCACCAGCAAGGCAGCAGCGGAGUACUGGGCUGAAGUUGCCGCAGCAGUUAGCCCGCCGCGACCACAGCCGCUGUCAGCCGAAAUCCGUCAUGGCGCCACCGUGGCAGCCUCAUCGUUCCAUGAAAAGAACCUUUCAGUGGCACGUGAACCGCCAGGGAGGGCCAAGAGGCUGGUGCGCAUCCGUGGUCUGAAGAGUGCCGAAGGCUCUCAGCUCAACGGGCAGCUCGGGCGCUGUGACCGUCUGAACGAUAAGACUGGGCGAUGGGGAGUAAUCUUGGGAGACGGCACAAAGAAGGCCUUGAAGGCCGAGAACCUGUUUUCGUUCGACGAGUAUCUCAAGGUAGCUCAUGAAGGGCGGACGCCAGUGGACAUUGGACCCUUCAUGAAUGAUUUCCUGACCAACUCUAAGUACGAUGCCCCAGGCAAGACUGCUGCUGGCUACAAGGCCGAACCAGGGCUUUCACCGCAAGAGCGGCUUCAACAGUCGUACGAGAAGGCCCAGCGCGAGGGUCGUAAAGCAAGCCCGAGGUUGAGCAAAGAUGAAGAGAAAUCUGGCAAAUAUUCACCAUUCGUCGUGAAGAAGGUCGAACUCCAAGCUGGUCCCAUCGAACUUGGAAUCAUUGCUCCCCGCAGCCAGGACUCCCGGCGGCCGAUACCUACCAUACUCGCAAUCUCAAGAGGGGACCAGAGUCAUGUCGCGAAGCUUUUCCGAGCUCUGCGGGCAGAAGAGCGUGGCUGGCAAGUGCUUGUGCCAAUGCGAACUGCAAACACUCCGGAUUUCUUCGAACCGGCCGGACAAUCGAUCUUGGAACAGCUCAUGAAGGCGGUGCUGGAAGAUCGGGAGAGCGACAUCAGCCCCUUUGGAGCAAUGAGCAAUGUGUUCCACUUCCUGGGCAUUAGCCACGGAGCCGCUGCCCUGCUGUCUUUGGCUUGCAAGUCUCCUGAACAGGUUGGCUCCCUGACGCUCAUCCAGGGUUUCUUGCCACAGCUGACAGAGGUACAGGCUCUCAGAAAUAUGGAGAACAUCCACUUCUACGUAGGCGACCAGGACGAGCUGGGCCAUCGUGAGUAUCUUAGAGGCAUCAAAGACUCGCUCAAGGAAGCUGGUGGCCGUUUGCAUACACACAUUGUCAAAGGCGCCAGCCACUACGACAUUGACAAGUUCAUUGACUUGGAGGACUUGUGGAAGCGGCUGGAGUUGGCUCGCUAA